AUGUCGUCCGCAGACGCAGCUGACUACGGCUUCAAGCGUUUCCGUGUAGCCAGAGCAUGCCUCGUCUGCCGCUUGCGCAAGACAAAGUGCAAUGGCGAGCAACCUUGCCAUCGAUGCAAAGCUCACUCAGCAGAGUGCAGGUACGAGACCGUAGAAUCGCCCGCGCCCAAACGAGUCAGCCCUACUGGCUCCUCAUCCUCCGUUCCGAACGCAGCUCGUGCAUCACGUGUCACAGGAGAAAACUGCAACAACAACGAUCGAGAAGAUGCCGACAGCGUUGAUGAGGCUCCUGCCCAUGCUGCCGCCGAAGCAAGAGCAGCCAAGAGACAGAAACGUGCCAUGAUUGAUCAGAUUGCAGACCGCCGAUGGGGAGAUCGUCAACCUUUGCGCUCUUCCAGCAACAGGGGCAAAUCUGGCUAUGUGCUGCAUCAUUUGCCGCUCUAUGCGUCCAUCGAUCAGGACGAGCCGACAGAGCAUCACACAGAAUUGCAUACAGAAGACGGUAUCCGUGCACACGAUCAGAACACGGGCAACAUGCAGUUCUAUGGAUUCACUUCCAACUUUAACUUCCAGCAUCGUCUUGCGCAAACCAUCGAGGCCUUGCGACUGCGAGAGCAACACCAGCAUCGUCUCAACAGCACCAACAAAGCAGCAACAAGCAACCUCAACGCAAGUAAUGAUGGCCCCUCCGCCGUCUCAGACAAGAGCCGCCGCUCCUCGCAUCUUCCCGAAAGCAUGAAGAUCUGGGGUCAUCAGGAUAUCAUCUUCCGACAAAGUCUCUCGGAGAAGAGCUUCCCUACCCUCGAUGCAGCCAAAGACGCAGUGGGAGAUUCGACCUUCUUGCCUCCAUCCAUCGUCGACCGAUUCAUCGAGAACUAUAUGACCCUCAUUCAACCACAGCUGGGCGCGGUGCCCAAACGACAGAUCUUGAAAUGGGUCAAGGACGCCAAAGCGUCUGGCUACCUCUCUCGCGGCUUCUCAGGCGUUCCCUCAAUGGCUGCAUCUGGUCCAGGCGGUCCACAGCCAGGUCAAAAGGCAGGCAUGCGUACAAAUGAGCUUGCAGCGCUCUACGUCGUCCUCGCCCUUGGUGCGCUAAUGGACGAAGGUGAUUGGGAGGAUAUCCAUGCGCCGCCCGUACCCAUGACUCGAGAAGGUGCUAUCGCAUGCGCAACCACACUCUUCCUUCUCGCCAAAAAGAGACUCGAGGAAAUCGUCGAGAACUCAAGCAUCCAAAGCGCACGCUGUCUGGUGCUGAUGAGCUUCCUGUCGCUUCAAUGGUCCAGUCCCAACGUCGCCUAUCUCUACAUUGGCUAUGCAGCACGAAUGUGCAUCUCCAUCGGCCUUCAUCGCGAGACGUUCUACUCGCCCAGCAAUCCUAGAAGUGUGGAACACAGACAAUUGUGGUGGACGUGCUAUGGUGUCGAAAGGAUGAUUUCCACUUGGUUUGGACAGCCUUCGGCGAUCCAGGACGGAGAUGUGUCUGCCAAGUUGCCUCGGCCGGAUAACUCGCAUGACGCCUAUUUGCUCGUCUAUGCGCAGAUCGCCAAGGUCUGUUCGGAUAUGUCGAAGCUUUCUGCAAACCCACCAGCAAACGCACACGAUGUCCUGUUAGCGUCCGAACGGAUGGAGGCAGAGAUGUUACGCAUUCGACAAGAGGCGCCCAGAGAGCUGGGCCGAGGUCUUUGCGACGGCUUUCAUCGCGACGCAGACGACGACUCUGAUUCAUCCGACCUUGUGGUCCGUCGCUACUCGCUUACGACGCUCUGGUGGUAUCUCCGCUUGCUCGUGCACAGCCCUCUCGUCAUCUUUGCAUUGUACUGCCGAUCCAUAGCUACCGACAUCCCGCGCAGUGUCCUCGACAAGACGCAUACAUCGGCUCUUGCAGGUCAACAGAUCAUCGAUGCCAUCUCCAACGCACGCUCUGACAUGCCUCGACCCGGACUCGACAAUAUGCGUUUUGGCAGCUUCUAUCUCGACUCGGCCUGCACUGUCGUACUUGCAGCAAUCCUGUGUGAUCCGAGCAACCAGGAUUUGGCGUUCGGGUACCUGGCGAGCAUCGAUCGGGCAAUCAAAUAUCUGGAGAAGAAAGAGAGGAUCUACGCGGACGUCGGAACCACAGCUAGUCUCCACAAGGCCAGGGACUUGGUGGUAUUGGCGAGACAGGUUGUGAGGAUGGCCGCUGCAGGGCAGGUCGCGAGUGCGCCGGGUAGAGGGAAGAGCAGUGCUGCAGGAGCAGGCUCAGUUUCGGCGUGCGCUAUGGGUGUGAGCCGCGGUGCAAACAUGGAUCAAAGCUCAAGGUUGUCUCACGUAGGCAAUGGCAGAUUUGGGUCGACAUUCUCUACUAGCUCAGAGCGAGGCACAGCGUCAGCAGACCAGGGAGACGACCAUCCGGAAGGUCAGAAUGGUGUCGGCACCAGCAGUGAGAGCACACACCGAGGCGCCUCAGCGGGCAUCGCCGAAUCCGAAGCCAGGGGAGAGAGAAGCUCCACAGCCGACCUCUCCGUAUUCUCACUUCUUGGCCCUACUCCAACAACCACCACCAACUCAAACCGCGCUCCUUCUACCAAUCCGGCACUCACACCUGCUACUACAGCUGACGGUGUGCAUUUCGAAAGCAACGGGCGCGAUGAAUGGAUGCAGUACUACCUGUCCAACUUUGACUGGCUGACACCGCUCAACCAAACGCCUCUGCCCACCAACAGUCAUGCCGGCACCAAUGGAAUGUCACCACCAGAUCAGUAUGGCGGCAGGAUUCUACCUGCUCAUCUCAGCGGAAUUGGGAGGACGGCAGGAAUGGGUUCGCCGGGCAUGAGCUCUCCUGGCAGUGCUUCAGGCCCGGCGUCACUAAGCGAGCUUGACAUUGGGCUGCUGAUGGGUGGUGUCAGUGUAAUGGAAGGUGUCAAUCAUCCCAGCCACGCAAGCAAUGAGGGAGGUCCGAUGGAAGGGUCAACUGGAAGCAAUACAGGUGCAUUCCAGAACUAG